UCCGAGUUAGGAUCACCUGAUGAUGAUCCAUAUCACAAUUUCAGAUACUGACGGAACGUAUUCUACAUAUUAAUCACGAAGGUUCAUACUAUUAAUCUGCUAUAUUGUGGUGUUAUCCGACCCUUGGCAUGUUAUAUCUAUAAACCUCCCCGUACGCUGAUGGUAGACGCUGGCGCAGACAUAGUGUGUACGGAGUACUCUGGAAUCAAGGAGCACACACCCUCGCGUUCCCCUUAUAAAGUUCUGACGAGUCGAAUCAGAUCCACAAACAUGCCUUUGGCGAGGUUAUUCUUGAAGAAAGAUCGGUUCGUUAGCGCGAUUGAUUAUGAUGACGCCACGUAAUUAGUGGGGACUUGGGUUCAAACGAACUAGAGAGAGAAGGGCAUGAGAUCAUCCACCCAUUCAUAAGCGAGGUUCCUCUUCCGGAACACUUCCAGUCAGUCGAGAGGGGAGAGGAUGAGUUGAUUGUGUUCAGCCCUAGCUGCAGUCCAGCUCAACUUAGGUAAAGCUUAAUAUAUGUGCUGUAUUUUACCCCCUUGACCCCCGCGCAGGAAUCAUAACCUGGUCUGGAAAUGCCAGAAGCUCCUCCACGACGCAGGAAACGCGGAAGGCGGUCUAUGACGGGAUGCCGGACCUGCCGCGCUCGCCGCAUCAAAUGCGAUGAGGCUCCCAUUAAAUGCAACAACUGUGCCUCUGCAGGACUGAAGUGUGAGGGAUAUGACUUGUGUCGGUUGCCAAUUAAGAGGAAGAGCCCGCUGGGACGUAUCCCAGAAGUGGAGCUGUGCUUGGGCUGGGUUCCGACCGCGGAUGAGAGACGCUGCUUUUCCUAUUUCCAAUAUCGUUCUAUCCCGAGUCUAGCCGGAUUCUUCGACUCCCAGUUAUGGCAGCAACUGGCUUUGCAGAUGAGUCGCGCCGACCAGGCCGUGUACCAUGCCGCCAAUGCGCUAAGUGCCCUUCAUGAAGACUCGGAGACGACCAAGCUGUUGCUGGUAGGCGAAAACCUCCGCCGGCCCUUACAUCGGUUCGCACUGGAACAGGCUAGCAGAUCGUUUGCUCUUCUAAACCGACGAUGUGCUUCGCAGGACCCCGAACGCCUUGAAAUUGUACUGCUAUGCUGUCUGCUCUUCGUUCUCGCCGAGUUGCUAUUGGGACAGUAUACCAGAGCUCUGCAGCACUUGCGAGGUGGUCUCCGAAUCCUAAAAGAAUCACCACACGCCCAGAAACAGCGGAUCCCGUCUUGCGUUAUCCAGGCAUUCCGCCAGUUGGACGUUCAAUCUGCGCAUUUUGGUUCUGGCCCAUUCUUAUUUGCGAACGACGGGCUCAAGGAGCUGUCCGACGAGGAUUUUAUCCGCCCCCUGCACAGUCUAGAAGAGAUACGGCACAAUAUGAACUCCCUGCUCCAUGCUGGUGUCCAUUUCCUCGCCAAUCGUUGGUUGCUUUCCAGCACCGAGGUCCAGGCCAAUUACAGCAAGUUGUGCCUCAGGCAGCAGCGGAUCCUGUCUCUAUAUACGCGUUUCCGGCGCCAAUUCGAAACAUUUUACGAUCAGUAUUAUCCUACCCUGAGCUAUAGGGGGCAGCAAAGUGCAGAUAUUGUUCGACUACAAUAUCGUAGUCAGCUGGUCGCUGUUAAAACCUGUCUUAUGAAGAAACCCGUACCUAAUGAUCUGAUCCCCGAAUACGAGGAUCUACUGUUAGCCCAUGAGACAUACAUGGCGAAGUUCACGGAACGUCCGACAAUUACACUGGAUUUGGGAAUUAUUCCAGGACUUCACACGGUUGCUGUGAACUGCCCGCGAUAUGCCCUCCGGCUGAGAGCAAUCAGAGCUUUACUCUCAUGGCCUCAUUACGAGGGUAUCAUUAGCUCGACUUUCGCGGCUUCCAUAGCCAUCGUUUCUCUCAAGGCUGAACUAGAAGCCAAAGACCAGCAAGGUACAUCCAAUAUUAUCGGUGAAACUGAAGAGAGAAUUGCUCGGUACCUGUUUGACACUGUGACAUCUACGCAAAAUAUCCCUAAUUGGACCACUGUGCGCGCCUCUCGAUUUUUGGAGCAUUAUAAGGAAGCAAAACCCUCUCCUGUCCCUGAAAGUGACCAGAAAUCAGAAGCACAUCUGCAGAAGAGACUAGUAUAUCGGUAG